GAGAGAGAGAAAGAGAGAGAGAGAGAGAGAAGUGGCGAGAUUAAGAGUUGCAAAGAUUUAAAAAAAAAAAAAAUUCCCUUUCUCCCCCUUCACCCUCCUCCCUCCUGCUCCCCCUCCCCCUCCCUCUAGCUAAGUGGUAAAACCGUCCUUACGUUCUCGGUAUUGAUUGGCAGGGCUGACAGUGAUUGGCAGCGGUUGCCGUGGCAACGCCACAACGACACGCCGCAGACCAAUAGAAAAGCGAAACAAAAUGUUUCAAUGCUGCACUCACUGUGGAUUUAGGGGAGAUAUUAUGAGGCUGUUGUCAUUAGGGCGAUUGCUGUGGAAUCGCUGAAUCUUGACUCGGCGGUGGUUGGCUCUCGCUCGGCUCCCUCUCCCCCUCUCCCUCUCGGUCUCGGGCUCUCUGCGCGCGCGCACCGGGCCGCUCUCCUGCCUCCCUCUCUAUGUGGCUGCGCGGGUGUGUGUGUGUGUGGAUGUGUGCGGGGUGUGGGUGUCCCUUACGCCCUUCCUCCUCCCCCUCCUCCUCCUCCUCCUCCUGCUUCCCCCUCCUUUCCCUCUCCUCCUCCCCCCUCUCCUCUCCCUCCUCCUGGUCCUCAUCCCCCCUCUCCUCCUCUUCCUCCCCUCUCUCUUCCUCUCCCUGAAUUUUCUCCUCUCCUCUCAGGUCAGUCCAUGGUAUUCCGCUCCCCCCUAGACCUCUAUUCCUCCCACUUCUUGUUGCCAAACUUCACCGAUUCUCACCACCGCUCCCUACUUCUGGCGAGUAGCGGCGGCGGGCACAGUGCGGGAGCCGGCGGCGGCGCGGGAGGCGGCGGCGGCGGCGGCGGCGGCGGGAACGGUGCGGGCGGCGGCGGUGCUGGCGGAGCAGGCGGCGGCGGCGGCGGCGGCUCCAGGGCCCCCCCGGAAGAGUUGUCCAUGUUCCAGCUGCCCACCCUCAACUUCUCGCCGGAGCAGGUGGCCAGCGUCUGCGAGACGCUGGAGGAGACGGGCGACAUCGAGCGGCUGGGCCGCUUCCUCUGGUCACUGCCCGUGGCCCCCGGAGCGUGCGAGGCCAUUAACAAGCAUGAGUCGAUCCUGCGCGCGCGCGCCGUGGUCGCCUUCCACACGGGCAACUUCCGCGACCUCUACCACAUCCUGGAGAACCACAAGUUCACCAAGGAGUCUCACGGCAAGCUGCAGGCCAUGUGGCUCGAGGCGCACUACCAGGAGGCCGAGAAGCUGCGCGGCCGCCCGCUCGGCCCGGUGGACAAGUACCGCGUGCGCAAGAAGUUCCCGCUGCCGCGCACCAUCUGGGACGGCGAGCAGAAGACGCAUUGCUUCAAGGAGCGGACUCGGAGCCUGCUGCGGGAGUGGUACCUGCAGGACCCGUACCCCAACCCCAGCAAGAAACGCGAACUGGCGCAGGCCACCGGCCUCACUCCCACACAAGUAGGCAACUGGUUUAAGAACCGGCGGCAGCGCGACCGCGCCGCGGCGGCCAAGAACAGGCUGCAGCACCAGGCCAUCGGGCCGAGCGGCAUGCGCUCGCUGGCUGAGCCCGGCUGCCCCACGCACGGCUCGGCCGAGUCGCCGUCCACGGCGGCCAGCCCGACCACCAGCGUGUCCAGCCUGACGGAGCGCGCGGACACCGGCACCUCCAUCCUCUCGGUAACCUCCAGCGAUUCGGAAUGUGAUGUAUGAUAGCCGAGGCCGCCCUUCUCCCCCUCCUCCCCUCCUCAUUCCCCUCCUCCUCCUCCUCCUCGGCCCUCCUCCUCAUCCUCUUCUUCCUCCUCCAUCCCCUGAACAAAUUGAAAUCAGGAUACACAACCAUAGACACACACAAAACACACACAAUGCACACUCCCAUGCCAGCCAAAAAUAUAUAAAAACCAAGAAAAAAUAACAAAUUAACCGCAAACCAUCAAAACCCCCCACCACCAUCUACCACCAAGGCCACCCCAAAGGACCGCGACGUCAACAGACAGUCACAAACGCUGAUGUUGCGGGCAGAAAACGUAAAAGAAGUGACAAUUGUAUACUUUCUAGGACAAGCACGGCUUCUCCUUUCGGUUCCCACGGACCCGGCACCCCGCCUGCAUGACGAUUUAUUUGUAUCUGGGAAAAUAUUCUCUCUAGUUUAAAACGAUUUUAAAAGAGUCGACUAUACAAAAACCGACCGCCA